AUGUCGCGACGGUCUACAGACGGUCUUUACCUGUCCCCAGAGCAACAAGAGCUUCUUAUGGCGGCAUUGAAUGCGAACCACUCGCCUAAACAAUCGACGUCGAACACCCAAAGGAACACCCCACAGAAUCUCAACUUCACGCCAAACAUGUCCAGUGCUCCUGGGUCGGGGAAUCUCGAGUUCAGUGAUGACAGCCCAUUCCUGGACUUUGAUCCCGAUGCCGACUUUGGAGAUGAGUCAUUUGACUUUGAUGAGAAUAGUCGCAUGAUCGGUGAGAUACCCGGAGAGCCGGCAACCACCGAACUCCACGAUAAGCGAAAGAGCGUUGAUGGAAAAGAAGACGACGACGAAGGAGGCGGUAAAAGAAGAGAAGGCGAAGACAAAACGGCCAAAAAGCCGGGGAGGAAGCCAUUGACUUCCGAGCCUACCUCCAAACGCAAGGCCCAGAAUCGCGCCGCUCAACGAGCCUUUAGGGAGCGCAAAGAGAAGCACCUUAAGGAUUUAGAAACCAAAGUCGAAGACUUGGAAAAGGCCUCGGAGUCGGCCAACCACGAAAAUGGCCUCCUUCGUGCCCAGGUGGAGCGCUUGCAAGUCGAAUUGAAAGAAUACCGCAAGCGCCUCUCGUGGAUCAGCAGCAAUGGCUUGAAUAGGUCGCAGCCAGUAGCAACCGGGCAAAAUCGCAAUCCCAAUGGCAACGACUUCCAGUUCGAGUUUCCCAAGUUUGGUGAUCUGCCGCCAAUGCCUGCGACGAAGUUGUUUGGCAACUCAAGUAUGCAGAAGCCACAGAGCACCAGCAUUGGCAGAUCGCCCUCUGUUCCUACCCCAAGUGCAACCCCAGGUAGUCAAACUGCAGCCAGCCGUCGUUCUACUUCGGGUUCACAGAAGCAACCUACAAGAUAUGGAUCUAUGAGCCAGUCGCCCAUCGCCAACACUUUUACCGCCUCUCCCCAGCCCCAGAGUCAGCAACAAGAGCAGCAUGGAAGUGUGGACAGUUUGUCUGGACUUUUUAGCCCAUCAAUUCUGGAAGCCAGUCGCCAUGCUAGCCUGGGAGGCUACUUCCCAAAAUCUGCCGUCUCUGCGUACAACGCUGCCAACCAGAAUAACCGCGGCAGCCUUGACAACGGAGCCUUGGGCAAUAUGCCCGGGCUAUACUCGAACUCGAGUAUUUCCAAUUCCGACUCCCCGAGUUCAUCCACUGAGUCCCAUAAUGCCAUAUCGUCCAUUGGCACUUCUCCAGAACCGAGCUUGAAUUCUCCCGCAAAUAAGCUUACUGAGUACAAUCUCAACCCUAUCAGUGAAGAAAAUCAAGCUCCAUUUGGUGGUAAGGACUAUCUCUGCGAUCAACUCCAGCUGGCCUGUGGCUGCGCGGAGGAUCCAAUACCUCCAAUCUUGAAAAUGUCUAACGAAAACCCGUUAGGCUAUGUUAACGACCCCGGCUUCGACGUCAACGGCAUCAACUGGCUUGCUCAACAAAACAACAACUCCUUUGACCCGAUUUUGUUUGGCGACUAUCGCGAGUCACAAGACAAUAUUCUGUCCCAAGACUUUGGGGCAUUCUUUAACGAUGCCUAUCCGCUUCCGGAUCUAGGUAGUCCGCUCCACAACUACAGCGACGUGGCGCCGGAACCGAAGACAGACCUUCUGAAACAGGUGGAAGAGGCCAAGAAUGGCAAUGAGGAAGUUGUUCCCGACAAUGAGAAACCCAUGACCUGCAAUAAGAUAUGGGAUCGACUGCAGUCAAUGGAGAAAUUCCGAAAUGGCGAGAUUGACAUUGAUAACCUGUGUAGUGAGCUCCGAGCAAAGGCUAAGUGCUCCGAGGGUGGCGCCGUUGUCGACAAGAAGGACGUCGAGAAGAUCUUGGGCGCUGUCUAG